AUGCGCUCAACACUCGGGGUGUGGUUACAAUCGCCACGAGUCAAGGGGAAUAUCCCUAACACGGCCACAACUGUUGCACCUGUUUCCCGUACUCGUACUCGUAGGCUUGCUACCGCGCCACAAAUUACCCCUCCCCCACCAUCCAUGUUCCGGCGAGUCAUCUCCUCUCUUGCCUCCAUCUCUCCAUUCCCCGCAGCAGCCUCUACCAAACCAAUGACAUCACCUCUUAAACGCCCGGUCAAACUUGCCUUGAUCCAGCUUGCUACUGGAAACGACAAGGACGCGAAUCUAAAGCGGGCAUCCGAGAAAGUGGCCGAAGCCGCAAAGAAUGGAGCAAACAUCGUUGUCCUCCCGGAAUGCUUCAACUCCCCCUAUGGCACGGAGCACUUCCCAAACUACGCCGAACCGAUCCCAACCCCGGCGCGGACCUUCCCCACUUCCGAAACCCCCUCCUACACAACCCUCUCAACACUCGCCUCCACGCACAAGAUUUACCUAAUCGGGGGCUCAAUCCCGGAGCUGGACCCCGAAACCUCGGAACUCUAUAACACCUCGUUGACAUUCUCCCCGACCGGCGUGCUCCUUGCAAUACACCGGAAGAUCCACCUUUUCGACAUCGAUAUCCCUGGGAAAAUCAAGUUUAUAGAAUCGGAUGUACUAAGCCCGGGCUCAACGCCCACAUUGAUACUUACCGAGUACGGGUUUAUAGGAUUGGGAAUCUGUUACGACAUUCGCUUCCCUGAACUCGCCAUGAUCGCAGCGAGGAAGGGCGCGUUCCUGAUGCUCUACCCUGGAGCGUUCAACAUGACCACUGGUCCCAUGCACUGGGAAUUACUGGCCCGUGUAAGAGCUAUGGAUAAUCAGGUUUAUGUGGGCGUCUGCUCGCCCGCGAGGCGGAAAGACGGGGAGGGGUAUACCGCCUGGGGACAUAGCAUGGUUGUGGACCCCAAUGCAGAGGUGGUUGUGGCUACGGAAGAGAAGGAGGGGAUUGUGGAGUGGGAGUUGAAGCCGGAGAGGAUCUCUGAGGUUAGGAAGGGGAUCCCGAUUGGUGGACAGAGAAGGUUUGAUGUUUAUGCCGACGUGGCGGUUGCUGGGCCGACGAAAGGGACUGAGGGGUGAAUCCGUUUUUGAGGGUUAGGGGGACACCCAUCCAGCACUCCCUUUAGCUGGGGGGGGAGCUGUUGCUACUAUGGCGUUGGAGAUUUGAUGGGAUGUCAAAAUCCAACGCCUAAUAGCAAAUAAAUAAAUAUAAUAAGUGAAUGAA